UAGCAUCCGUGGUCAGUGAUACUACCCACCCUUGUGCAUCUGUCCAGCACCCAGCACCCGUCCCCCGCACCGCUUUCCAUGGGAUUUAAGGGCACUCGUUAGAUCCGAGCAUGGAGUUCUAUGAGGAGAAGCCCAAGGUGAAAUUCGAGCCGACUCAAGAGUCAUCAGGUUUCCUGAUCGACUUGUUCGAGGAGAAGCCCAAACUGCUUGGCUCAGGCUCCUCUGGCGCCCAGGCCGCCGGUCCCGCCGCCGCUACCCCGCCGCCCGUCUUGCGUCCGCCGUCUGCAGCCCCUGCGCCAGCGCCCGUCCCGCCCGCGUCCUCUUUUCCGCGCGUUCCCCCUGCCGAAACUUCUCCUCCCGUCCCGCCCGCCGCCACUUUUCCGCCCAUCCCGUCCGCCGCCUCUGCGCUGAACCCACCAUGGCCGAUUUCGCGCGCCCGCCCUGAAUGGCCGGCUGUCCCUGGCGGCAUGGGCGCGCUGCCCCCUCCGCUGCCCCCUCUGCCCCCCCUGCUGCCGCCGCCUUCUCGCGCGUUCCUGCCUCCGCAACAUCGCGCGUUCCCCCGUCCUUUCCCCGCACACUCGCCUCCGCCGAUACCCGCUCGUGCGCCCGCCUACUGGGCGCCGUGGCGCUAUGGCCCGCUUCCGGUUACCGGCGCGACCAGGGCGGCAGGCGCAUCGGGGAGGGCGGGGAAGAGGCGCAGGGAGGGUGCACCAGAGACAAGCCGUGGGGAGCAUCCACGUGGAGGGAAGGGCGCAGAAGCGGAGGGCGACGGGAGGGGGGAGGGGGGAGCGAAGGGGGGAAGUGACGGCAGCGGAAGCAGAGAGCGCGGAGGGGAGGCGGGCGUGGGGGAAAAAGGCGGGAAGAAGCAGAGGAAACAGGGUGGGGAGGGAAGCAAUGCUGCGAGCCCCCUAUCAUUCCCUGCCACGUGUCCCACUUGUCCCGGCGUGCAGCUGACGUCACUGAGUACCUUCCAGUCGCACAUCAUGGGUCGCAAGCACCGAGCCAAGGCUAGAGGCGCUGCGCAUGGGGAUACGGGGCAGGCGGACCAGGGGCAGCCGGAUAAGGGGCAGCCGGAUAAGGGGCAGGCAGACACUGGGCGUGGGGAAAAGGGGCAUGGGGUUAAGGGGGAUGCGGACAAGGGGGAUGCGGACAAGGGGGAUGCGGACAAGGGGGAUGCGGACAAGGGGGAUGCGGAGAAGGGGCAUGCGGAGAAGGGGCACGCGGACCAGGCGAAAGGGGACAUAGGGAAGGGGGACAAGGACCAGGGGAACAGGCAGAGGGGGCAUGGGGACGGAGGGGGAGGACAUGGGGGGCAUGAGGAGCAUGGGGGGCAUGAGGAGCAUGGGGGGCAUGAGGAGCAUGGGGGGCAUGAGGAGCAUGGGGGGCAUGAGGAGCAUGGGGGGUGUGGGGGUUUUAGAGGUGAUGGGCUGCAUGAGGAGCGAUGGCAAUGUGGGGAUGACUGGCAAGAGGAGGAGAAGCCCCGUGUGGGGGUGUUGGGCAAGGGGGGUGUGAAGAAGGAGGAGAAAGACACGGAGAAGGAGGUGGAGAUAAUCGUCUUAGAGGAUGAUGAGACAGACGAGGAAGAGGAGAAGGCGGUGAAAGUGGAGAGGAUAGAAUUAGAGGACGAUGAGUAAAGUGAGCACAGACAAGAGGAGAGAUACUAGGAGAACGAGGAGGAUGGAGAGGGAGUGCGGUGGUUCCAGGGCAGAGGGAGCAGAAGUGGAAGGGAAGGGGUUUGGGCGUGUGGGAGCACUGUUUAUGGGGGGUUGGUGUGAGAGGUGUGGAGAGACGUGCGCCCAUGAGAGCAACUUGAAGCUUCACCUCACCUCCACCUCACUUCAAGCUGUCUGCCGCAGCUGCUUCUGCUCUCGCACCCCACCCGCACCAUCUGCUGCACCUGCAGCACCUGCAGCACCUGCAGCACCUGCAGCACCUGCAGCACCUGCUGCACCUGCAGCACCUGCUGCACCUGCAGCACCUGCUGCACCUGCAGCACCUGCAGCACCUGCUGCACCUGCUGCACCUGCAGCACCUGCUGCACCUGCUGCACCUGCUGCACCUGCUGCACCUGCUGCACCUGCAGCACCUGCUACACCUGCAGCACCUGCUGCACCUGCAGCACCUGCAGCACCUGCUGCACCUGCAGCACCUGCUACACCUGCAGCACCUGCAGCACCUGCAGCACCUGCAGCACCGGCAGCACCUGCAGCACCUGCUGCACCUGCAGCACCUGCAGCACCUGCUGCACCUGAACCACCCGCACCAAGCAUGGUGGCCACAUUGCCUGCAACACCAGUGCAGCAACAGUGGCGCUUUAAUCAUCUCCAUUUGGCUGGGAGGGUCCUCAACACUGUUAUUACAGUCACUGCACUUACCAGCAGUCCUUUCCCUGACACCACUGCCACCAGCUCCUGCACUGGCAGCAAGCAGCAGCAGCAGCGGCGGCGGCGGCGGCGGCGGCAGCGACUGCGUUCUAACAAUCCAGCUGCUAGCCCUCGUCUCCCUCUCCCACCUCCGUCUUCUCCUCCUCGACCCCUCCCUCGCCUUUCUUCUGUUGUGGUAGGGCAACAAGUGGUUUUGUCGAGGCAUGGCUGGUUGAUUUCAGAGAUAUGCAUAUUUCACAUACUAGGACGAGGAGACACUAAAGAAGAAAGUAGAAAUCUAGAGAAAUCUGCAGAAAAACAAAUGGUUACUUUGUUUCGUACAAAUUAGAUUGCUCCAUAAAAUCACACGGGCGAA